AUGUCGACAUGUGUCACUUACAUCUCUCUCAAUCUCGAUCUCGAUAUGUCGAGGUUUUCUAGUGGCAUUGAUCUAGCAGAUAGAGAGGGUAAGUCCAGAAAGAGAAGCUUGAAUGUGAGCAAUCAGACGACCACAAUGCCAGAAUCAUACCCAAUGAAUGGUGGAGAUAGUACUUACAGCUACACUAAGAACUCCUACUUCCAGAAAACAGCAAUAAAUAUUGCAAAGUCUAUGAUCGAUGAAGCAAUAGUAGAUUAUCUAGACAUAAAAGAAUUUUCUUCAGAAUCAUUAAACAAUAAUACAUUCUGCAUAGCUGACUUGGGAUGUUCAGUUGGGCCGAACACCUUCAAUUCUAUGCAAAACAUAAUAGAAGCUGUUCAACAAAAGUACCAAUCUCAACUAGGUCAAAUUCCCGACUUUCAAAUCUUCUUCAAUGAUCACGUCUCCAACGAUUUCAACACGCUUUUCUCUUCUCUACCCCCCGAGACCGAGAGGCGGUACUUUGCGGCCGGUGUGCCGGGGUCUUUCCACGACCGUUUAUUCCCAAAUUCCUCACUCCAUUUUGUGCACUCUUCGUAUGCAAUCCAUUGGCUCUCUAAACUGCCGGAGGAGUUGCUUGACGAGAACUCCCCGGCGUGGAACAGAGGAAGAAUUCAGUAUUGCAAGGCUUAUGCAGCUCAAUUUGCUAAGGACACGGCGAGAUUUUUGGACGCAAGGGCUAAGGAGAUAAUGGUUGGAGGAAUGUUGGUGUUGAUCAUGCCUUCAAUCCCAAAUAAUGUGCCUCAUUCUAUGUUUGAUCUUCUGGGGUCUUCCUUUAUGGAUCUGGCUAAAGAAGAAUUAAUCAGUGAAGCUCAAGUGGACUCUUUCAACUUGCCCUUGUAUGCUGCUUCCCCAAAGGAGAUGACAGAACUCAUAAAUCAGAACGGGUUCUUUAGCAUUGUGAGAAUGGAGUUAAACAAUCUUUUUUCAUGUAUAGAUAGUCAAACAACUGGAAAAUCAUGUACUAUGCACCUGCGAGCUGCACUGGAGGGUAUAAUUGUCAAACAUUUUGGAAGUAAGGUAAUAGACGAAGUUUUUCAUAGACUUUAUGAAAAAACUCAAGAGUUUUCUGAAAGGCUUGAGUCAAGCUACAAGGAAGGAACUCAGCUUGUUCUUGUGCUGAAACGCAAAUUAAAAUAA